AAAAUAAAACCACAGAUGAGAUUAGCUCGUUUCCUUCCUGUCCAGUUGGAUGCAGUUUUCCGUUCUGUGUUUCCCGCAGGGAAGGUGAUCGCCUUGGACACCUCGGUGGUUCUGAACCAGUUCCGAGCGGCGACCCCCUCCCUGAGCCCUCUGACCGGACUCUUCUUCCGCACGUUGACCUUCCUGGAACACGACAUAAAGCCGGUGUUUGUGUUGGAUGGAACGCCUCCCGUGGAAAAGACACCUGUUCUGGAGCGGCGAGCCGAGGCAGCUGGAUGGAGCCCCCCCAGCAGAACAGGAAAGGCAUCGCAGCAAAUAAAGGAUUCUGUUGAGCUCCUGAAGCACAUGGGUGUUCCUGUUAUCCAGGCUCCAGGGGACGCUGAGAAAACCUGCGCACGGCUGGUGAGGGACGGGGUUGUGGACGCAGUGGCCUCAGAAGACAUGGACACGCUGCCCUUUGGAGCUGAUGUUCUCAUUCGGCAGCUGAACGCUAAGAGGGACAGUGAAAUACUUGAAUACUCGUUACCAAAGCUGUUGGAGAAACUGCAACUCAACCAUGAGGAGCUGGUUGACCUCUGCAUUUUGCUGGGCUGUGAUUACUGUGGAAAGAUCCCUGGUUUGGGUCCAAAGAAAGCUCUGAAGCUGAUCCAGGAGCAUCGUACCAUCGAGAAUGUCGUCCUGCACAUCAACAGGAAGACGCAUCCCGUACCGGAAGCCUGGAAAUACAGAGAGGCCAGGAAGAUCUUCCUGGACGCCACGGAAACCAGCGUUCCUGAGCUGUUGUGGAGCGAGCCUGAUGAAGAGGCCCUGGUGGCCUUCCUCUCUCACAGCGGACGUAUCCGGGAGGAGAGGAUCCGCCAUCGCAUGAAGACGUUCCAUGGGAAUCGAGAAAACAGACGAGAGGAGAGGAAGAAGGAGCAGGCAGCGGGUUCUCUGCAGCAGACCCGCUUGGAGAAGUUCUUCAGAGUUUCUAGAAAGAGAACACAGCCGGUUGAUGCACCUUCCUCAGGAGGAGACAACAGAAAGAGACCAAGAUCCAAAUGAGUUGAACUUUAAUUUUUAUUUGUCCUUUGAACGGCUGGAUUUCAUUAAUCUGCCCGCCUUAAUCACAAUAGUUACAAUAAUGGGUUUUGAUAUAAUAAUGUCAGCUUGUGUCUUAGUUUUUACAACAAAAAAAACUACUUUUGAAAGUAGGAAAUGGGACCAAUAAUGUGGCAAAGGUCAGCAGGCCAGGACUCAAACCUGCAGCAGCCGCGUAGACGACCGAAGCCUCCACACCUCCUCCGCCGCGCCACAUCUGACUUCAUAUUAGCUUAAAUUCAUGCAGCUGUCGGCUGAUGAUUGGUGCAGAUCAACCUCGGCUGCUUUGACAGGAAGCCAAUUUUACUCAUAAUUAAAAGAAACUCAACUGGAAAUGAUGGAAAUAAAUGGACCAAAGCCCGUCACGGUGGAGGGGCCGUUUCCUGCAGAGCCAAAGAGACGAGCAGAGCAGGAGGAGUCCGGCCAUGAAGGGAACAGAGCGCUCACUGUCAGCGAGGCCAAAUCAGGGACAGGCCAUGUCUCUUCUCUGGAUAUUCAAUCAGCACCUGGUGUGUAAAGGAGCCAAGAAGAAGGACACUAAAGGCUUGAAUUUUAACUCUUCUCUAAAGCUCUCAUUUCACUAAACAAACGGUAACAAAAAAAAAAGAUUCUGAAGAAACUAACCUUUUUGUU